AUGUGUGUGUAUUAUGAACAUAAACAACACAUACCAAAUCCAACUAUCAUGAUUCGUGCUCUUACACAUGAUUUUCUCAUAUGUAUUAGAGAACAAAUAUUCCAACAAGCUUCAUUUAUUUUCUGUGCUACAGGUAAUAAGUCUCUUACAUACAAUGAUCUAUUUACUUUCAGUACCGAUAUUAAAAGUGCCAUAGUCGCCUCGUGCACAUCGGCUGACGAUGAAUUAGACCUACACGAAGGUUUGAAACAACAUAAGAACGACAGUCCAGAUCCCGGUAGUUUCUCUCGUUAUACAUUACCACGUCUAAAUGAAGUAUUGAAGAUGCGUUCAAACGCAUUUAAAGAUGAUUUUGUGGAAUCAAAAUGUUCUUUUGAAUAA